CGAGCAGAAAUCAGCCCCAUGUAAGAAGAAGAUGUCCCCGGAUGAGUUGCUGUACCUGAGCCUGUUGGUGCUGAGCAUCCCGCUGGGCUGUGUGCUGAGGCAGGUGAGAGGUCCCACCUGGCGCAGGGCCGCCGUGUUCGCUCUUGGAGCCGGACAGGUGAUCCUUACCUGCCGAUGGGACACCUUACACUCCCUGGUCUCCGUCCUCGGGACUUUCACCAUCUUAAAGACGGCUGGACCAAGGACAUGCCACUUGCUGACGUUUGUGUGGUGCUUCGGCUACCUGGCGUUUUUCCGCACCUGCCACCUGUUUCACCUGCCCUACCCUGCAGCUGUGGCCAACGCAGUGCAGCUGGUGCUCACCCUAAAGCUCAGCAGUGUGGCCUUUGACAUCAGGGACUCUCACUUGGCAGAACAGUCCAGGAAAGACGGAAACGACAACUCUCCGAACAACAGGGCCGUCGCUGACAAACCCUCUGCCCAGGAGGUCCUGCCUGUCCCCUCACUGACAGAUCUGCUCUGUUACUCCUACUGUUACAUCGGGGUGUACACUGGUCCAUUCUACAAGUACAGAACGUACCACGACUUCAUCCACCAGGAGAAACCCUCCUCCAUCCCUCUCCUCCAACCUCUGCUGGAUCGCGCCAAGUGGGCGCCUCUGACGGGGGGUGUGUUUCUCCUGGCGUCUCGGUACUUUCCCAUCGCGUACGCGCACACCGAGGAUUUCUACGCCACGUCCGGUGUCCUGUACCGCCUCUGGUACAUGGUCGGGAUGUUUCUCGUGUUUCGCAUGAGGAUGUACUCUGCUUGGAUCCUUGCAGAAUGCUCCUGUAUCACAGCUGGUCUGGGGGCCUAUCAGGAGAGCAGGAAACCCAAGUGUGGUCAGGGACCAACCAACGGGGGGACACUUGAACCUGGCAACAAAUCGCCACAAGAGACUGGCUACAGCUUCGAGACAAUAAAGAACGUGGACGUCUACUGGGUGGAGCUCGGCACAACGAUUCGCAGCGGUAUGAAGCACUGGAACAUGACAGUUCAAUACUGGAUGGCAGAGUACAUCUACAGGCGCGUUCCUUAUAAGAACUUCAGGGUGGCCACUACAAUGCUGCUCAGUGCCUACUGGCAUGGUCUCCACCCAGGCUACUACCUUAGCCUAAUGACCAUCCCCCUCUCCCUCUGGGUCGAGACAGAAGCUAGCACCGCGUUCCGCGCACGGCUGGGCAUUCGCGGCCAGCGAAUGUGGGACUGGGUUCACUGCUUCUUGAAGAUGCGAGCAUAUGACUACAUGUCGGUGGGAUUCUUGCUGUUGUCCUUCGAGGCCACCAUUAAGUAUUGGCACUCUAUAUGCUAUGUCUACUAUGUUUUGUGCGCUGUGAUUCUUGCCCUAUCCUUCUGUGCCAAAAAGAGUGGCUUGAGCUGCAAUGUUGUUAGCAAGAAUGAUUGAACAGCUAUGAAAAUAACAACAAUGUGAGGAUAAUGAUUU